UUGGAACAAGAAUUGCAUUUCGCUGAGACAGGUCAGAGAGGAGUUACUUUUUCAAAAUGCAACGGCAUUGCACAUGUUCUUUCAUGAACAAAAGAAACACACAUGGGGUAUGUUUGCCCAUUUUGUGAUGUUUUUUAUUUUUGUUUUUUUUUAAUGGUUACUAUCAUCUGAUUUUAUUUGCCCGGACUUGUAAUCUGUGUCAAACUGUGGAAAUGUGUGGACCAGUUUUGUCUCACAGACAAGAUCUACUCGUGCUCCUUCUUUUGUCUCUUUGCUCUUCCGGAGGAAAAUGUGAAAUUCAAAAAUCUGAAUCUACAGCAUCAGCCAGCGAGAGUCCUUUCCACAAUGAAAUUGAUCAACCCCAGGCCUUCCCCGAUGAGGAGAGGGCCAGUCUUCCUGUGUUUACAAUGGACUAUCCUCGGAUACAAGUUCCCUUUGAAUUCACACUCUGGGUACUGCUGGCCUCUUUUGCCAAAAUUGGUUUCCACAUUUACCAAAAAAUCACAAUCUGGAUCCCUGAGUCCUGCUUGCUGAUUGCUAUCGGGCUUAUUGUUGGCGCCAUCAUGCAUUCUGUUAAAGAGGAACCGCCAGCUGUGCUCACGUCCAAUGUCUUCUUCCUCUACAUGCUUCCGCUUAUCGUCCUGGAAAAUGGCUACUUCAUGCCCACUCGGCCCUUUUUCGAGAAUGUCGGGACGGUGCUGUGGUAUGCCGUGGUGGGAACUCUGUGGAACAGCAUUGGCAUUGGACUCUCACUCUUUGCCAUCUGUCAGUUUGAAGUCUUCGGAGUUCAAGAUAUUAAUCUGCAGGAAAAUUUGUUAUUUGCAUCCAUCAUCUCUGCAGUGGACCCUGUGGCUGUGCUCGCCGUGUUUGAUGACAUCGAUGUUAAUGAGCAGACACACAUUGUCAUAUUUGGAGAGGGACUCUUUAACGAUGCUGUGACUGUGGUACUUUACAGCAUGUUUUCCUUUGUGGCAGACAUGUCAGCUUUUGAAUCUUCAGAUGUGUUUUUGGGCGUGGCUCGGUUCUUUGUUGUGGGGGCAGGAGGUCUCCUCUUUGGCCUUGUUUUUGGCUUUGUAGCGGCAUUCACCACACGUUUUACCCACAAUGCACGACAAAUCGAGCCCCUUUUUGUCUUCAUGUUCAGCUACUUGGCUUACCUGGCAGCAGAGCUGUUUGCCAUUUCCAGUGUCCUUGCGAUUAUAACAUGUGCAAUUACUAUGAAGUACUACGUUGAGGAGAAUGUGUCUCAGAGGUCCUGCACGACCAUCCGCCAUGUGAUCAAGAUGUUGGCCACCAUCUCUGAAACUCUCAUCUUCUUCUUCCUGGGUGUUGUGACGAUAACGACAGAACACGAGUGGAAUUGGGCCUACAUCCUGUUCACGCUCCUGUUUGCCCUCCUAUGGAGAGGAAUUGGCAUCCUGGUUCUAUCCCAGAUUGUAAAUCCAUUCCGAACCAUCCAGUUCACAUUCAAGGAUCAGUUUGGUCUGGCCUAUGGAGGCGUUCGAGGGGCCAUCUGCUUCGCUUUGGUCUUCACUCUGCCUGACAGCAUCAAUAGGAAGAAUUUGUUUGUCACUGCUUCCAUAGCUAUCAUAAUAUUUACUGUGUUCAUACAGGGUAUCAGCAUUCGUCCCAUCAUAGAAUAUAUAAAUAUCAGGAGGACCAACAAAGACUUGGACACCAUCAAUGUAGAAAUACACAACAGGGUGAUGGAGCACAUUGUUUGCGGCAUUGAGGACCUAUGUGGGCAAUGGAGUCACUACUAUUGGAAAGACAAGUUUAAAAAGUUCAAUGACCGCUUUUUGAGACGCAUCCUGCUUCGAGACAGCAGGGCAGAGUCCAGUAUUGUGUCUCUGUACAAGAAACUUGAGCUGCAGACAGCCAUUGAUUUGCUGGACACACCUGUGGGUGACCUGAGUGCGGCGCCGUCCAUUGUAUCGCUUUACGACGAGAGGAAAAAUUCGUCUCAACCCCAAAAGAAUUUCCUGACUGAGGAUGUGCGGAAGAUGCAUGACAUCCUGUCAAAGAACAUGUACAAGAUAAGAGAGCGGACGAUGGCUUACACCAACAAACUCAACCAGCCUGACAAUAGCCGAGCCAGGGAAAUUUUGAUUCGCCGACACGCGAGCAUCAGGCGCAGCCUCCGAGCUGCAAGUUUCCGUGAGAUGCCUGCUCAGAAUUUGGUCAAAUCCCAAAAAUAUUACUCCCUGCCACCGGGAGUGGAUCCAGAGAUUGCUUUUGCACUCAGAAGACGAAGUCAUGUAGUCAGUGGUGAAUUAGGCCGCCACCGACAACACUCUUCAUCCCGCCCCAUAAUUCCUCUGAGAAGGCUGAACACUGUCAAGGAGUCGACGCGUGCAGUAGGUCAGUCUGAUUCAUCUCCCGAGGAGGAUGUUUUGGAAGAGAGACAUCCCAGGGGUCAUCCAGUCGCAGCCCCACGGAAGCUCAGCUCUGAAUGGGAUCAGCCUCCUGCGGAGAAGGAGGAAACUGUGGCUCCACCCCCAUUACCGGUGCCUCCUGGCUGGGUUGCCGACAGCCAGAACAUCAGGGAUAACGGGGCUGGAGAUCCACUACUCGGACACUUGUCACAGGGGUCUCAAGAAUCUGGGAGGUCCUGAAAGGUUGGACUUGAUUAACUUAACAACCUUGGACACAAAUGUCAAAGGAAAAAAAAUUGAUGUUGGUUAAUGAAGCUUGGCCCUACAACAGGUAAGGAAGAGAAGAUUUCACUGUUGACCUGUAUGGUAAACAAGCAGUGCAUAAAUCACUUUACAGUGAACCUCACUGCUACGGGUAGGGACAGAGCGUGACCACGAAUAGCGAAGUUUUA